CUCUACUCUUUUCCAGUUUGUUAUUAUUGUUGUUGUUGUUCUCUCCUCUCCCAAGAAGAUAUGCCCCAUCUCUCAAGAAAUAUGAAGCACCGGCCCCUUUAAGAUUGACCUGAGAGAUUUCCACACAGAUAGUACUGCAAGGAGCGAGAGCCUGGCAAGGAAGAGCAUUUGUUGCAGCAAGAACUCAUCUCUCUCUCUCCUCUUUCUCUCACUAGCUAGCAGUGAUGAACAGAGGAGAAUUCCAGACUUCCCUGGUUCAGCAGAUGAUCUGGAGCGGUACUGGCGGAGGCAGCAAUACGACCAGCAGCAGCAAUAUCAUGAGCAGCUUGAAGCCUUGCCAUGAGGAUCAAGAGGCCUCGCCUAACCUGCCCUCCUUGUCUUCUCCAUCGGUGCUCUUUUCCCAGCAGUUUCCCCACACAUCUUCAGGCCUAGUUCAGAUGAACAGCACUGGUUCUCUUCCAAAUCUGCACGACGGUGGCGGCCAGGAGAACCACUUGCCAGAAUCAUGGAGCCAGUUGCUUCUAGGGGGGUUAGUUGGAGAUCAUGAGAGAUUCAGCGCCACUACAGCUCUCCUGUCAAAGGGACUAGAGAACUGGGGGGAUCAGAUUGCAUCUGCAAGUGCAUGCAUGGUCGGCAUGAAGGAGGAGAGCUCUAGGAUGCCUCAAGCUGCUUACAACUUUUAUGGGAGCCACCUCGCUGGUGACCAUGAGAUGCCGGCAGGAGGGGCCAAGUCUCAGCUGAGCCAGAUGCUCCUGGCCUCCUCUCCUAGGUCAUGCAUCACCACCAGCCUCGGCAGCAACAUGCUCAACUUCUCGAACAGCGCGCCACCGGAGCUGAGGAGCCAUCACCAUUCCGAUAACUCAUCCGAGUGCAACAGCACUGUAACUGGUUCAGCUAUCAAGAAGGCUAGGGUUCAGGCCUCCUCUUCAGCACAAUCUACUCUAAAGGUGAGGAAGGAGAGGCUGGGGGAUAGAAUAACUGCACUUCACCAGAUCGUUUCCCCAUUCGGCAAGACUGACACGGCAUCUGUACUGCAAGAGACUAUUGGUUAUAUCAGAUUCCUCCUGGGUCAAAUUGAGGCUCUCAGCUACCCUUACAUGGGCCACGGCAAUGGGGCCUCCAUGCAAAAUGGACCAAUGGGAGAAAGGAACCCUGGGCUCUUCCCAGAAUACCCCGGCCAGCUGCUAAACCAUAAUAACAACACUGGAGCACAGCAGCCUGCAGGCCAGCCUGAGGAGCAGCAGGGCGUGAAUGACGAGGCCAAGAAGGACUUGAGGAGCCGGGGCCUGUGCCUCGUUCCGGUGUCCUGCACGUCGCACUUCGGAGGUGACAACGCCGCUGACUACUGGGCCCCGGCACCGGCACCACUCGGUGGGAUCCUCCGCUAAAGCAUUCACCACCAUUGACGCAUGCAUGGCCUAGAAGGCGAGCUGUUUCUUGCAAGUAUAUGUUCAUGAGGCUACAGAGCUCUCUAAGAAACACAAGGGUGAAUGGGUGUUGGAGAACAUAACAUCAUGAGCAGUCAUUCUGGUAAGGAAGAAGCCACCUGUAAGGCUGAUUGCUCUUGAUGCUAUGCAAGUAGUAUAACCUUUUGGGGGCGAAAGCUUCGUCUGUAUCUGCAAAGAGGGCUUCAGGAAGAAGGAGAUCUAGUUCUUCUCUGGUCCCUUGCAAAUUUAUGGCUUGGAUCAUGUAUAUGUAAAAUCUAGCAAGGUAGUGAACUUCACUCGUACUACUGUGUGCAUGAAUAUGUACGAGUUGAUCGGGAGCAUGUGCAUGCAGUGGUGUAGUUUCGUAAUUUACGCGCGGCUGGUGUACGUAGGAAAGUUCAUAUCACAUAUGUAUAUGACAAGUAAAUUUCUAUCA